AUGUAUAACGGGUUUGUACGUGCAGCAGAUAUUGAAAACAUGUACUCCAAUAGGCAGAGGCAAAGCGACGCCGAGGACGACGAGCAAGCUCCAUCUUUGGUUAAGCAAGUACUGCCACCAUCCAACUGUACCCGUCAGGGAGACGAAAGCACAGACUGUGAAGAACAUAUAGAGAUGGGUUCUGCUUACGAGAUUGAUCAUGAAAACCUACCCAAAUCCAAUACAACCCCAGACCAACUUCGUUCCAUCCGAGUCAUGAUGGUAACAGAGAAGACAAAGACGGAUGUCACCGUUAGAUAUCCAAGUAUUGAAUCUCUGCAAAGAUAUUUCAAUGCUAAAAUCACAGUUAUGUAUCCGGAGAUGGACGAGAGGUUUGUAAUGGGGACGAAGCUAGCUGAGAAAGUGCUUUGCCGUAAGAUCCCGUCUCAUGAAUUCACAUUGAUGAAGUCUUCGGCUGAUUUCUGGCUAGUCAACGGAAGCUCCGAUUGCGGGGCGACUACGGAGGGGACAUGUCUACAGGAGCUAAAAGGUAGUGGGAUGGUGCGAUGGGGUGUGCGACGACAGGUUAGGUUUAUUGGGUUGCGUAAGGAGAAUAUUAAUCAUCAACCAUCUUCAAGCUUUGUCAAAGGAGAGAAAACAGUAAAGCAAGAAAACAGUGAUGGCGAGGAAGAAGAUGAUGAGGAGGAAGAAGAAGAUGAAGAUGAAGAUGAUGAAGCUGUGACAGACGAAACCGAUGAGAGUAGGUCUAGUAGAAAGAGGAAGACCUAUAGCCGAAGAACACCUGUUCGAUUGGCAAAGAAAACUAAGCUUGAGAACCUGAAGGAGAUGAAGCCAAAAAACACAUGUAAACAAAUGGUACCGAAAAACCCACAGGACCGCUGGUCUACAGAGAGGUACAAGAUGGCAGAGAAGAAUCUGUUGGAAGUGAUGAAGGCGAAAGGUGCAGUGUAUGGGAACCCAAUCCUCCGGCCAGAUCUUAGAGCGGAAGCACGUAAAAGAAUUGGAGAUACGGGUCUUCUAGACCAUCUUCUAAAGCAAAUGGCGGGUAAGGUUGCGCCUGGUGGUAAAGAGAGGUUCAGGCGGCGUCACAAUGCUGAAGGAGCAAUGGAGUAUUGGCUGGAGAAUGCUGAUCUAGUGGAAAUAAGGAGAGAAGCUGGAGUUCAAGACGCCUAUUGGACCCCUCCACCCGGCUGGAGUCCAGGUGAUUGCCCAACUCAGGAUCCGGUUUGUGCUAAGGAAUUGAAGCAGCUAAAGGAAGUGACUACUCAAUUGCAAAGGCAGAUUGAGGAAUUGGUGUCCAGAAAACAGUUGGAGGAAGAAGUGAGUAAAUUCAGAAGAGAGAUGAAGCAGUUGUUAUCCGAGAAGACUACUACAACAACAACAACAGCAACCUGCAGUCUAGAGAUGGACCAUAAUUCUUCUUUGGUUACUCACCAGUCUGAUCUCCAUGCUUCAUUUGACACAUGGGAAAAAUACAAGGAACAACUGAUGUUGGUAUCCAAGAGCGUGACGAGAAUUGAGGAAGAGAUGGGGAAGGUGAAAAACAAAAGAAGGUGGGAGGAGUUUCCAGAAAGAGUAACUGGCGCUGAAAAUGAGAAAAGGCUGACAGAAGAAGAAAGGCAAAAGGCAGGAGCAGGAGAGAGGAAAACAGCCGCAGCAGCAGCAGCAGCAAGAACUGUAGUAGUAGCAGGAAAAGAAGGGGAGGAGACAGCGGCGGGAGUGUUGGUGGCAGGAAAGAAGAAAAAGGCGUCAGAGGAAAAAGCAGAAAAGAUAGAAAGACUCAAGAGUGGGUUCAAGAUCUGCAAGCCGCAGGGGACUUUCCUUUGGCCAAAUAUGGGCAUAAACUUGCAAAAGCAGCUUGCUUUGUCCCCAGCGUCCCAACUCGGCAAUCUGUUUCUAAAUGGAGGCGGCCCACCUUCUGUCUCCUCUUCCUCGGCCUCCCCUCUUUUUCCCCACCAGCAGCUAGUACUGCACGGCAGUCAAUCCCCAGUCCGGCGGCCUCUGCCAGAAAGACGCGCAUUUUCCAUGAAUCUCUGUCCCCUGAUCUCUGAGUCAUCGUCCCCAAGGCAAGAGAACUGUGGAAGCAACUACAUCGCUACCACGCCCACGCAUAAGACCACCUCUAUCCUCAAUCUCAACGACCUGCCCACCAGUGCUGCCGGAGACCACCGGAUUCAGCCCGGCCAUAAAAUCGCUACAAUUAUAUCCUCACCUAUAAUGCAGCAGCAGCAGCAGGAGGAGCAGAUGGUGAUAGCCUCGUCCUCCUCCUUCUUGAAGAAGUCCACUGAGAUGGCGGCGGAGGCGGCGGCAGAAAGUGUUGGAGGAGGGAAAAGUGGCAGAGGAGGAAUAAGGAAGACAAUUAGGCCAGUGGGAGGAAGUUGGUUGGCAUUGGCCACACCUAAUUCAGUGUAA